AAAUUCGUUAUUCUGUAAAGACUCUUUGCUGGAACCAGUCGAUUUUCGCGCUUUGAAUUUUUUUUAAUUGUAAAAAAAACCAAGAGGAAGAAGAGUAUCGUGUGUGCUUCUCAUCCAUUAAACAAAUCCAAAAAAAAAAAAAAUUUGUAAUCUAACACAAAGGUGUGGUUAACCGAAAAAACGUAAAUCAACAAAAAAUAACAAAAAACCGUUAAAAAUGUCGACAUUCUGUGGAUUACCUGACUCCGAGAAGAACUCGUCUCGCGUCCUCAAGCCUCCAGGCGGCGGGCAUAGCGAUAUUUUCGGCACGCCUGACAACAACGUGCCUCAUGCGCGUCCCAAGUACGACCAACAGAACAGCUCGAACAUCAGCGGAGCACUUGGAACGACAGAUGCCAACGAAAUUUGCGAGAAAACGGCACGUGCUCUCGAGGCGCAACAACAAAAAGAGACGCCAGCUGAAACAGCGGCGCCCGCACAAAAUGGCGGAGCGGGAAAACCCUCGGCUCCAACGCAACCUGCAGCUGGGGGACGUGCUCGUGUGCCUCCAGGCGGGCACAGCGCAGGAGGAUUCUGGUAAAAGAACCUCGAAAAAAAUCGGAUUCCUUAUUUUUAUUUUGACUUUUUUUUUUGUUUCGUGUUAAGUUAAGUAUUAAAUUAAGCGAUCAAUCCAAAUAGCAAAAAAUAGUCCAAAGACCCAAAAUUAUUCGAGAAUUAUCGAUUUCAUUCAAAUUGUAACCUAAAUUGACGAAAGUUAUUAUUUUUGUAUGUUAAUGUUUUUUUUUUUUGAUCAAUCAUACAAUUAACACCGAAAAGGUCUGAUUAACAUAACAUAAAAAAAAAUAAUAAUCUGAAAAAAAAAAUACUUACAAAAAAAAAUGGCGUACC